AUGGUUAAUAAUUUAACAUAUUUUAUAUUUUUUUAUUACAUAUUAUUAGAAAGUGUACUCAGUACAAUUAGUAUUAAUAGUGAAGAUGAUAUAGGAAUAGAUCUUAAUAAGAAAUCAAAUGAAGUAGAAGAAAUACUUUAUAAUAUAGAUUCAGAACCAUCUAUAAAUGAAUAUGUAGAUGAAGAUUCAUUUUUAAAGUUUAAAACAGAUAGUAUACGACACUUUAAUAUUGAAGAUAUACCUAUAGGUAAAGAUCAAAGAGAUAGCAAAUUUCAGCGUAUAAUACAGAGUGGAAUAAAAUUUGCAGAAUAUUCGAGAAUUUUAUCAAAAAAAGAACAUCAGAAUACUGUAAUAUUAAUUGGAGAUAAGAAAAAAAGAAUAGAAUUCUCAAAUAAUGAAAGAGAUAUUGCAUCUUCAGCUAUUUUAGCUUCAAUUAUAAUGUUAAGAUCUUUACUAUAUAAGGAAUUAUCAAGUAAUAUACGUUGGAUAUAUGCUAUAUAUUUUCCAUUAUUAUUAAAAGCAUAUGAAGAUGCAUCAAAUCGUACAAGUAUAGGAAGUGGGAUACUUAGUCGUGGAUUUUCUAAAAGAUAUCUUAAAAGUUUAGGAAGAUUGAAUAGAGCAUUAACAUUUUUAACUAAAAAUGUUAAUAAAAUUGUCCCAAGUGGUGAGUACUCUUAUAAAACAAAACCACUUGAAUUUUGGGAUAUAAUUGAAUCAUUAAUUGUGACUCCAGCUCAUGGUUUACUUAAUACAGAUGUUAUUUCCGAUGAUUCAUUCAAUCCAAGUCGACAAUAUUUAGAUGAGAUAAUAUCAUUAUUUAGAUCAAAAAAGUAUAAAAUAGCUAUGGCCCAGAAUAAUGCAAAAACAGCAUUUUACUACUUUUUGAAUAAAGAUAUGAUAUUACAUCAAAUAGGAGAUUAUAGAAACUAA